GAGGCAGAGCCGCGCCUGCGCACUGGAGCAGACUGUGCAGACACUGCAGACUGUUUUGAGCUAAACACAAAUUCACCACAAACUUCGCUAGAUCUGUCGUGAUAGACGUGAGUGCGGGAGGCUGUGCGGGUCAAACAUGCAGAAAUAUGAAAAGCUGGAAAAGAUCGGAGAGGGUACUUAUGGAACAGUGUUUAAGGCCAAAAACAGAGAAACACACGAGAUCGUGGCUCUGAAACGAGUCCGACUCGACGAUGAUGAUGAGGGGGUGCCCAGCUCUGCGCUCAGAGAGAUCUGUCUGCUGAAAGAAUUAAAACAUAAAAACAUUGUUAGGCUACACGAUGUUUUACACAGUGACAAGAAAUUAACUUUGGUUUUUGAAUAUUGUGACCAGGAUUUGAAGAAAUAUUUUGACAGUUGUAAUGGAGAUUUAGAUCCUGAAACUGUGAAGUCGUUCAUGUAUCAGUUGUUGAAGGGCCUCGCGUUCUGCCACAGCCGGAACGUUCUGCAUCGAGACCUGAAGCCACAGAAUCUGCUCAUCAACAGAAACGGAGAGCUGAAGCUGGCAGAUUUUGGCCUGGCUCGGGCGUUUGGGAUUCCUGUCAGGUGUUACUCCGCAGAGGUGGUGACACUGUGGUACCGCCCCCCAGACGUGCUGUUUGGGGCUAAGCUCUACUCCACCUCAAUCGACAUGUGGUCCGCGGGAUGUAUAUUUGCAGAGCUGGCAAACGCAGGGCGCCCACUCUUCCCUGGCAACGAUGUGGACGACCAACUGAAGAGAAUUUUCAGGUUGUUGGGAACGCCGACCGAGGAGCAGUGGCCCACAAUGACCAAGCUCCCAGAUUACAAGCCAUAUCCCAUGUACCCAGCCACCACCUCCCUGGUCAAUGUGGUACCCAAACUCAGUAGCACAGGGCGGGAUUUACUCCAGAACCUUUUGAAAUGUAACCCAGUCCAGCGGAUCUCAGCGGAAGAGGCCUUGCAGCACCCGUACUUUGCCGACUUCUGCCCUCCAUAAGGAAAAGACGCCUUCUCAUCCCCCAAUCAUAUUUCUCCAUUUUGUCCCGAGCUGUUUCCAUGACACUCCCAUCACUCACUCUGGUCGUGCCUCAGCGUGAAAGAAACUCACAAAGGCUCAGUAGGCUUUUAACGUAUUUAUACUGGUAUAAAGUUCUCCCCGUCAUUUCACAGGAGGUGAAAUGUUACAAUAAACCACUUUAAUAUAUCUGAAGUAUAUGGGAUUAUUUUUUGCAAUAGGGACGUUUUUUUGUUUUAAAAACUAAGAAAUUGUCCAGUAGGCACCGUGAAGAUUUGAAACAUACACACAACUGUCUUUUACAUUUGCCUGGCAGCUAAAGGUCGCUACUGUUUGGCAAUAAUGACAUAAUCUAAUAAUUUUUAAAAUCAUAAUCCCAUCACAUGACUGACAUAGUUACAUAUUUAAAGUAGUUUUGCCAUAGACUGUAUAUAUAAAUGGACUCAGCUAACCUGCUAGCCCCUGUCCAAACAGAAAUAGAUCAUGAUCUGGUCAUCAACUCUGGUUCCAUUUCACUCUCUAUGUAAAUACUGUGUCCCCUCUCUCUGUAACUGCUGCAGUCAGACUCGUCAUUUUGACCUUAAUGUUCGUAUUAACCUGCUCUACAUGAUCCUGGGUUUUUUAUUUCACUGUUGUCUGUAAAUCAAGAUAUGAACAUUAAUAACAGACAAAUCAGGCACCUUCUUUCCCUGAGGGUGCUCUCUAGUGUUAGCAACGGGUUUGAUCGACAGCAUUGCUAAGAAUGCACUCCCUGCUAAGCCAGUGGUGUGAGUGGGAAGCGGCAUUACCUUCAACAGCUUUUCGACGGAUUGACUCCUUAGUUGCUAUGAUACUCACGGUCCGGAUUCCAAAUAUAGAACUCUGCUCCAAAUUGGCUAACGGCUAGCUUUGAUGAGCUUCGUUUGACUGGAGCCAAUUGCUGUGGGUGAUGUCACACUUAGUCCACUUCUUUAUACAGUCUGUGGUUAUUUCACUACCUUGAAAUGAUUGUAAAAUAUUAAUAUGGAAAGUUUAUAAUUUUCUCAGGCUUUUCUGUGUUUUUGUGCACAUUUAUUUUAUUUUAUUUUAAUUCUGUUUAUUAUAUGUUGAACCAGUUAAAAUCUGGUUAUUUAAUAAUGGGCCAAUAUGAAUUAGAUGUGGACCAGUAGUAACACAUUGCUUUGAGAGUUUUGGUGGCGCUUGGUCUUGGGACAAUAUUGAAAUUAUGAGUAACGAUUGUCAGAGCCAAAAUAAUAUCACAAUAAUGAUUUAAGUUUAAAAAUAUUCUGCAUAUGAAUCAUUUUAAUAUUAUAAAUAAGUUCCAUAUUUAAACAUCUGCUAUACUCUACAACUACAAUCUCACAGAGAAUAUUUUGGGUGAGCAGGGCUGUUGACUGAAAUUUGGGACCAGGGGCAAGAAGCCUUACAUGGGUUCCUUUCUAAGACAAAUUAAUAGGAAGAGGGUCCAAUUCUGGCCCCCUAAAACCCCUUUGUCCUUUCCAUCGACUCCCCUGUGGAUAAGUAGAUUUUUUUUCUGCACAUUCUGAUGACGUAAGGGGGAUUAUCUUUGUUGGCUAUUCUCACGAUUAUGUAAAUGUCCGAUCUAUAAUUGUCGUCCCUUUUUAUCACGAUAAAUUAUAGUAUUGUCCCAUCCCUAGAAGCGCUUUUGUAUCGUUUUACUCUAGAAAUCAGAAUUUUACAUUACGGUUGUGUUAGUAGUUUUAAAUAUUAAAACUUAUUUUUGUCAAUAUUUUUCAAGAUUUUUGAAUUUAGCAUUUUGGUGAGGUUAAAGGUGAGGUCCUAUAUUAUGCAAAAUGGACUCUCGUGAAUUUUAAACUAUGUUCUAAUGCUGUUCCCUCCUCAAAAACAGACCUGGAGUUGUGUUUUUUUCAUUCACACAUGUUUAAGUACCACUUGGUCUGUCUACAUCUCCAAAGUGCAAAAUUCUCUGUUGCACUUUGUGAUGUCAUGAAGUGGUAGUUUCCAAAUUGACAGUUACCAUUUACAUCCAAAUCAUUCUAGUAAACUGUGUGGAGUUUAAAAACACAAUGGAGCACUUCCUGUCUCACCAUAUGACAUUACAAGGUGGAACAGAGUGUUUUCAGUUUGAAAGAAGAACUCGGCCUAAAUAUGCAGGGUUUGUGUGUUAAACAUGUGUGAAUAAAACAAAACACAACUCCAGGUCUGUGUGAUGAGGAAACAACAUUAGAACAUGGAUCACAAAAUGGCGUAACAUGAGCCUUUUAAGUUAAUAUGGGCCCUUUAAGUCGCCUUCUUCAUAAACAGAUUUUAAAUUUUUGCUGAUCUAGACCCAGGUUGUGAGUGCAUGUAUUUAUUAACAAAGAAACGACUAUUCUGUUUGUUCUGUUCUGUGUAGCAUCAUGUCAUCUAGAGACGAUGUUUUUUUUUCUUUUUUCAGACAAAAUCCUGGAAGUCAUUUUGUACCAUGAACCAACAAUGGAUUUUGCACUUUGCUAGAACAUUUAGCUUUCGAUGGUAGGACCUGGAACAAAUGUCAUUGGUAUUCUGUGCAUAAAUCAGCCAAUAAGAUUCAGUAUUCAGUAGAGAUGAUAUAAAAAUGCUUUGCACAUCC